ACACAUAUUGUGUGUACAUUUUUAGCCUUUCUCUUUCCAUCAUCUUGGAGCCUGUGGAGGCCUUCUGGGAACAAGACUCUUAAAACAACAAAUAUGUCCAGAAGGCUGUGGUUCAAGGCCAUUUUUGCUGGCUAUAAGAGGGCCUCCAAAACCAGAAGGAGCAAUUUUAUUCUUAAAAUUGAAGGUAUUUAUGCUCUAGAUGAAACCGAAUUCUACCUAGGCAAGAGAUGUGCUUAUGUGUACAAAGCAAAGAACAACACAGUGACUCCUAGUGGCAAACCAAAUGAAACUGGAGUAAUCUGGGGAAAAGUAAUUCAUGCUCAUGGAAACAGUGGCAUGGUUCAUGCCAAUUUCCGAAGCAACUUUCCUGCUAAAGACAUCGGCCACAGAAUCCAUGUGAUGCUGUAUCCUUCAAGGAUUUAACUUACUGAAGAGUAAAUAAAUAAAUGUGUAGAU